AUGUCGAAUUUAUCAAAGCUUGAAUUUGUGGCGCUUGACAUUUCUGGAAAGAACUAUUUGUCAUGGGUACUUGAUGCUGAAAUUCACCUUACCGCUAAGGGUCUUGGUGAUUGUAUAAUCGAAGGAAAUAAGGCAUCAAGUCAGGAUAAAGCGAAAGCUAUGAUUUUCCUUCGUCAUCAUUUUGAUGAAAGCCUAAAGGUUGAAUACUUAACAGUGAAAGAUCCACUUGAAUUGUGGAUAGGUUUGAAAAUGAGGUAUGACCACCUCAAGGCAACAGUAUUGCAAAGGGCUCGUGAUGAGUGGAUGCACUUACGGUUUCAAGAUCAUAAAAUCGUAAUUGAGUAUAACUCUGCUGUAUUUAGAAUCACUUCCCAAAUAAAAUUAUGUAGAGAAGUUAUAAAAGAUGAGGACAUGUUGGAAAAGACACUAACUACUUUCCAUGCCUCCAAUAUAAUAUUACAGCAGCAAUACCGUGAAAAGGGUUUUAAAAAAUACUCUGAAUUAAUCUCAUGCCUUCUGGUGGUUGAGCAGUAUAAUGACCUUUUAAUGAAAAAUCAUGAAAUCCGUCCCACUGGAAGUGCUCCACUACUGGAGGCCCACGGGGUAGAAGCACACGGCCAGUCUGAAAUAAGACAAAAUAAUCGGGGCCAUGAUAAUGUGCAUGGACAUGGCAAAGACAAAAGACGAUAUAAUAAUCGUCGAGGUGGUGGUCAUAACAAAAGGGAGAACAAUAUGGGUUCUCAAAAUAAUCCUUCAAAAGGCAAGGGCGAUCACUGUCAUCGUUGUGGCCUUAAAGGUCAUUGGAAAAAUGAACGUCGGGCACCUGAGCAUUUUGUCAAGCUGUAUCAAAAUUCCUUUAAAAAGAAAGGGAAUAAAGGUGGUGCCUCCUAUUCUAAUGCCCGAGUGGAGUCACAUUUGACUCUAAAAAAUGAUGCUCAGGCAGGGUCUUCUCAAAAAUAUGAUGAGAAUGUUGAGGCGAAUUUAGCAUUGAAAGAUGAUGCUUCUGAUGGGCUCGAUGAUAUUACUCAUCUAGAAGCUGAGGACUUCUUUAGGGAUCGCAAUUGA